GCCCGGGAAGAUGUAGCCCUAUUACUUCUUAGAUCAAAACCCUAGCAGGGUUUCUAGAGCUAUGGGCAGCGCCUCGUCUUUCAACAAGAGAUCGAUCGCGCCUACCGGCGGCGGGAGUGUGAUCGAGAUCCCAGGUACUAGUAUCAAUCCAGGGAACGAGGAAUCACCAUCGCCAUGGGCAGAAGAAGAGAAGAAUGUGGAUCUUGCCGAUCCCACGCUUGUUCUUCCCGAGGAAUGCCUAGGGCUCGUCUUCGAUCGCCUCGACACGCGCGGCCGCAACGUCGCGUCGCUCGUCUGCCGCCGCUGGCUGCUCGCCGAGGCGAAUUCUCGCAAGAUCCUCUCGCUAUCGGCGCCACUGUCGCUGCCGGUGUCGUGCCUGGAAUCCAGCCUUAUGCGAUUUCCAGUGCUCUCCAAGCUGGGUCUCAAGUGUGAGCGAGGCGUCCCUUCCAUCACCGACGAGGGGCUGGUGCUCAUCGCCACGCACUGCCGCCGCCUCAGCAAGCUCAAGCUCAAGAACUGUACAGGGCUCCAAGACGAUGGGCUCGUCGCCUUCGCCGCCGCGGUGUGCCGGGCAUCCUUUCGAUCCUUCUCGUGCUGCUCGUGUGGAUUCGGCUCGCGGGGGCUCAACGCGAUCAUCAAGAACUGCGUGGCUCUCGAGGAUCUCUCCGUGAAGAGGCUCCGGAUGGGUGGCGAGCCGGGGCAGCUGGUCGAGGGGCCGAGCAAGCUCAAGCGGCUGUCCAUCAAGAACAUCCUGGAUGGCGGCCAUGCUUUCACGCCGCUCAUCGCGAGCUCCAAGCAUCUUCACACGCUGAUCAUCUUCAAGGCUACCGGACAGUGGGACAAGCUCUUGGAGCUGUCCGUGGAGGGGCUGAGCGAGCUGACGGAGCUCAGGAUCGAGAAGCUCCAUCUCGGCGAUCAAGGGCUGGUAGCUCUCGCAAAAUGCCGCAAGCUCCAGGUGCUCUUCCUCGCCAGAACUCCUGAGUGUAGCAACACGGGGUUGUCAGCCAUAGCCAACGGAUGCCGGUCGCUUCGCAAGCUUCACGUUGAUGGUUGCUUUACGGGGAGAAUCGGGGACAAGGGGCUGCUUGCCGUCGGCGAGAGAUGUCCGGAGCUCAAGGAGCUCGUUCUCAUCGGCGUGUCCGUCACCUCCAACAGUCUGGGAAUUGUUUUUACGAACUGCAUGGGGCUGGAGCGUCUCGCAGUGUGGAACAGCGAGACUUUUGGGGACGGGGAGCUGGCUUGCAUCGGAAGCAAGUGCCAGGCUCUACGCAAGCUGUGUAUCAAGUGCUGUCCCAUCUCGGACCAAGGACUGGAGGCGCUGGCCAGCGGCUGUCCGAGCUUGACCAAGGUGAAGAUCAAGAGGUGUAGGAGUGUAUCGGCUUCGGGAGCUGCGUCGCUGAUGAUGGCUCACGACGGACUGGUGGUGACUUUGGAGGCUGAUCAGGCGACCGAGGCAGAACGGGGUCCGGUCGAGGAAGUUGUUCCUCUUGCUGCUGCUGGUGUUGCUGCUCCGAGCCGGUCGGCUUUUUCGAGAGCGAGGUCUGCGAUUGUUGCUGCGUUAGGAAGAGUUCUCUCGUGAUCAGGACACACAGCAAAGCACGCACGAGCAAUACAAUUGUUUCAGGUAGACUCGUUAGUUCUUCUUUGUGAAGCUCACGCGUUUGUCUCCGGUGUUUCCUUCAAUUCAAAGAUCCGUGCUUGAGUUU